GUGACAUCCGCCGUCCCAGGCACUCACGCGCUGUCACACGCUGUCAUACGCUGUCACGUCUCUGCACUGGCUCUAUCACUGAAAAGGAUAGGUUCCCAGGCGGCACCACGAGGAGGUUGCAGAGUCCGAAUUUCGCCGCCCACAUCGCUCGAGGAAAAGCAUCUCGGCGGCAUCGUUGGAAUGAUCAUCAACGGAAAACAAAGGAAAUGCAGAACCGUUGCUCGGCCUCGUCGAGAAUGUCCAUUCGACGGAAAACAAGAAAAUGCAGAAACCGUUGCUCGGCCUCGUCGAGAAUGUCCAUUCGACGGAAAACAAGAAAAUGCAGAAACCGUUGCCCGGCCUCGUUGGAAAUUCAUCAACGGCACCGCUAUAUGGCAGCGUCAACGCAGGGUCAACGGCAUCUCAGCGAUGGGGCGGGGCUGGAAGCCCAGCCCACCAAGAAAACUCCCGAAUCCAAAAGAGUCAAGCCAGCUCGUUGUGCAAUGACAUCAGAGUCCCACUGUACGCCUUUGGAAAACAAACAUUCUUGCAUCUCGAACAAUCGCUGGGUGAGCGUUGUGGCGGGGGUUUGAGGGCAAACAUCAAACUUGCAGAUUCCAGAUGAGCAAACGGCCGCGGUGGACUUUUGGCAGGCUCGAUCUAGACCAGGUCUGGAUUGGACGAC